GCGCAAAGUUCAGCGGGGCAGUAAGGCAGCUCACGAGUAGUGAGUUAGUAGGCAGAAAAGCUCGACGGAUUUCACUCGCAGACUCGGAGCUCGCCAGGCACGGAUCGGGUCAUGACCCCUGCAGAUUUCCGUUAAGCCCUCGCUGGCAUCAAAAAAGUUAUUGUACUCGUAGCUGCUUCCUACUAGAACACCAAAAAGAAGCCACAUCACCGUGUGCUGUUUCUACAACCACCAUACCAUGAGGAAAUCAUUUGUGAAGCUGACCCUCGUGGCCUGCUUCGUUGCUGUAGUCGCUGCAUGGAGCAAGGAAGGUAUGUUUUGCUCCAAUCAUCCCAAUUCCAAUUCCAAUCCAAUCCCAAUCAACACAUCAUUCCUAGCUGCCCAACUUCCCUCUCCCAAUUCUUCAUGCUGACAAUUCUUCUUCACAGAUCAGGAAAUCUUCCGUCUCCGCGACGAGGUCGAGCUUGCUGAGGGGCCCGGUGUUUCUUUCUACGACUUUCUCGGAACCACUCCUUCUGCCAACCAAGAGGAAAUCAACAAGGCCUAUCGCAAACGCUCCCGAGUCCUUCACCCCGACAAGGUCAAGCAACAGUUCGCUGCAGGCAAGACAACCGAAAAGGAUAACACAAAGCCCAAGUCCAAGUCCAAGAAGCCUGCGAAAGCAGAGAUCAAUGCCGCUGCCAAAGAAGCAAGUGAUCGUUUCGCACGUUUGGGUAUAGUGACCAACAUUCUUCGAGGUCCUGGUAGAGAACGCUACGAUCACUUCUUGAACAAUGGCUUUCCUAAAUGGAAGGGCACUGGUUACUACUAUGCGCGAUUCCGUCCUGGACUCGGCUCCGUGUUGCUUGGUCUGUUCGUCUUCGUCGGAGGUGGAGGUCAUUGGUUUGCCCUUUUUAUGAGCUGGAAAAGACAGCAGGAAUUUAUUGGAAGAUAUAUCAAGUUUGCUCGUCAUGCUGCCUGGGGUGACUCUCUGAACAUUCCAGGAUUGGACGGCACUUCUACCCCAAAUGCAACUGGCGACGACUCUGACGCUAUGGUACAACCAAUGAACAGAAGACAGAGAAGAAUGCAAGACAAGGACACCAAAAAGGACAAAUCCGAGAAGAAGAACAAGAGUAUCAAGAAACUCUCACCUGCCGCUACCCCUGCAGCUGGGUCCACUGGUCCAAGAAAGCGCGUGGUUGCCGAGAAUGGUAAAACUCUGGUUGUUGACUCUAUUGGAAACGUCUUCCUUGAACAAGCCGACGAAGAUGGAGAGACUCGUGAAUUUUUACUUGAUGUAAGUUGACCUUUUCAAAUUUAGAGUACAAUAACCAACUAAUAUCUCCCAGCCCGAGGAACUUGCCCGACCAACCAUCCGCGACACUGCCCUUGUCCGAGUUCCAAUCUGGGCCUUCAACAUCACAGCUGGCCGUUUCCUGGGCAAAUCUUCCUCUCCAGGGGAAUUCGAUGACGAGGUCGAUGAGGAGAACCCCUCCUCUAGCAGUUCAGGCGCUGAUGGCUUUGAAGUAUUGGAGAAAGUCAAGACCACGGCUCCAAAUGGAACCGGAAAGGUAGUUCGCAGAAAGAAGAGCGCUCGUGGACGUUAGGGAAAAGUUUGUUUACUUUUUUUUCCUUUCUUCUUUUUUCUCCUUUGGUGGUAUCUGGGUUGUAGG